AUGGCUGCCUCCAUCGACUCAACCGCCCAUCUCACUCCACCUCAUCAUCGCAGCAGAAAACCCGCCCCUCCCUCACCCUCAACCCUCGACUCAUUGCGCUCAACUCUCUCCCAAGCCUCCCUCCACGAAACUCAUUCAACAAGAGCUGCCCCGACUUCAACAACCUCCCUCCCUGGUCUUCUCGCUCAAAACCAACGUCAACGGGCCACCCGGGACCAGUCGUCGUCUUCUCCUCCAUCCUCAUUGUCGCCUUCUAGCAGAGAGUCGAAUCGUUCCCAAAAAAGUCAUCAGGCCCCUACUCCUCCUGUCAAGAUGAGGUCCCAGGAAGCCCAUGAAAUGAGCGGCUCGAGACCUCCUCAUCCUGCCUCGACCGGCCACAGUAGCACCAGGAACAAAAGCUCUUUCCACUCGACAGCUCCUCGGAGAACAAGUUCAAACUUCUACAGUCAACAGAACAACAGCAGUAACAACCUCCUACAUCAAGAUUCAACAAUCGGCAAGGACAACCACUCAACCAAGCCUACCCUCCCUGCUCUACAGAUAUCGACCGACAAGUCCUGGUCGAUUGGGUGGGCGCAAGGAGCAGUCGAGAACGUGAGGAAAGAUGGCGAUGCCAGGGAACAGAAGGACCAGCAGAACGACAGCGACAACAAUGAGGAGGACAACUAUUUUGGCGACAUUCUUGACAAGUACUGCAACUCGGACGACGACCCAACCUCCCCUUCGACGGCAUCGCCAACAUCACCCUUCUCAGAGCGCAAGGACUUUUGGGCAGCCCAGCCUCCAACCCCUCCCGUCACCAGCUCCAGCCGUCGUCCUGAUCGCCACCAGCAACAACAGCGCGAUCCCUUUGCGGUGCAAUCUCCGAGUAGGAGAGCUGUCGCGCCCUUGAGGAACGCGCCUACUCCUGCACAGCCCACAGACUUUGCAGCCUCUACAACGUCCCUCUCCUCGACAACCCCGUCAACGACCAAUAGUCCCAUGAUGGCCGCCUCGGCAAAGUUCAGCAGCUAUCUUCAAUCAGGAGCAGUCCGGGGCAGUCGAGAGUCGUUCACUCUCCACGACGCGUCGUCGUCAACUACCGUUGUUACCAACAGCACACCCCGGUCGUACUCAAAGAGGCCAUUGCCUGUGCCCUCGUCGUCUGCUUCGAAUUCAAUCUCCACCUCUGAAUCUCCCAGGGUCUCCGUCGCCUCGACCUCUAAUCGGUCCUCUUUUCUCAGCCUAAACCACUCGACCCCUGACCUGCGCGAUGGACGGCCAGAGCCACCGCAAAAGGACAGCGCAAGGCGAACGCUGGGGAAUGCUCAAAACAACAACAACAUCAACAACAAUAACCCCUACCCUGGUAACAAUAAUAACAACAGCAUCAGCGCUUCUCAUUUGCCUCCCCUGCUCGGUGACACUCACCUGUCUGAUUCUUUGACCUCGUUCUCGGCCGUGGUCGAGGCUUCGAUGGAACGACGGAGGAACACAUCUGUUUCAAGUGGAGGCUCUUCGACCCUGGCGGACAUCAACCCCUAUGCAGACAAUGCCAUAACAGGAGCAGUAGCAUCAUCACCAACGCCCAGCAGUAACUCGAGCAGCAACCACCACGGCAACAGCGCUGGCAGUACAGGACACGGACACGGUACCAGCGGCAGCAGUAGCAACAAGAGCAGCUCUCGCUCUAGUCACCUCAAUUAUUUGACUAACGGUCGGUCAAAGGAUCGAACAAGUGGUUCAAACCACCAGCAUUUGUACCACCAUCAAGCACAAAACAACAGUGCCACCUCUCUCUCACGUGGCCAGCAACAUCAGAGUCAGAGCGAAGAGCAAGCACAUUAUCGACAACGGCACCAGCAUCAACAACAGUCGAAUUCAUCAUCGUCACGACCUUAUGAUGGCAGCUCGCAUUCUGGGUACUCUUCGUCUUCGCCUGCUCUUUACUCGCCCUCUGCCAGCGGUGGCGGUGCUACGCCUUCAGAGAUGUUCUCUAACCGCCUCGACAGCAGUCGGUUAAGGUCUCAUAGUCAGGGCUCCAUCUCGACCACCUCGUCCACCACCAACAACAACCAUAACAAUAACAGCCCUUCGUACCAGUACCAGCACCAGCCGCAACAGAACCCACAUCAGCGACACCACGGGGCUGUCAGACCCGCGAUCAUGAAGACGCCGAUUGCCCGCGCACGAGCCCGCGAAGCCAAGGGACCCCGCAAGGUUGUUUUCGGAGACAUGAUCACCAUCGUCACCAUCGAGCAGCCCGAAACUCCACCCCUCCCCGUCUCUACACCCGGUUCCGACAAGGACAAGAAGAAGAAAGCCGCUGCAGCAGCCAAGAAGAAGGCCAAGAAGAACGGCGACAAGACGGGACCUCACCCGGACCCGGAGUACGACGAGGAGUACUACAACCAACCCUAUACCCCCCUCCCCGCCGACGUCCUCGUCACCCAGGCGCCCUGGAUCGGCAACCCCAACUAUGAUGAGGAGAAACAAAACUCCAAGUUCUAUUAUGAGGACGAUACGGCCGAGUAUGAGUAUGAUGAUUAUGAGUACGAGGCGCCGUUUGAUAUCCGGUCUGGACCUGGAGAUGAGGAGGAUGAUGAUGAUGAUGAGGAGGAUGAGGAUGAUGAUGAUAGUGUGAAGGGUCGGGCUUGGGGCAAUGGGAUCGCUGGUGGUGGAGCAGCUGGUGCCAAGAAGAAGGGUGGGAUGUUCAAGUUCAAGAAGGCCGUUAACCGGCUCUUGCGCAACUAA